AUGUAUGGUCUGAAGUACUGCCCGAACAUUGGGACCUAUCAAAUGCCAUAUUUAUAUGUUAAGACCCUUUUUAUGUGUGCUACAGGAGGUGGCCUUCACUACGACGAAAUGCACUACAUUCGUGGGCUUGUGGAUGUAUUGCUUCCAUGUAAAACCUCGUAUGUUGGAAUCAAACGGGAGCUCCUAGAGUAUGUGGAUUCGGUUCCGCUGAUGUCAGGGCCACCGCGUCAGCCUGUAUCCUCGCGAUCGGAUUCUUCUCGACUACCGAACAAUACGGAAGACACGUUUUGCAUGGAUGGGAAUGGAACUUCUAAAAUACCUGAAAGUUUAUCCAAAGGAGAGGAUGCGGAGGGAAAUGCACUGUCUUUCCUUUUCUCACGGGAUGUGGAUCAUCAAGAAUGUGGUAACUUUCCCCAAAAGAUUAUGUGCUCAACUAAAGAGCCCAUACCCAAUAUGCCUAUGAGGGGCAACAACGAUGUUGCCUUGUUUCGAUCUAACCUAGAGCUUGCCAUGAAAUUCAUUUCUCGAGAAGCUUUCCCACCGGCACUCUCACGGAUUUUGCUCUACGACGCGGUAUGUGCAUGUGUUGCCGACAAUGUCUACACUGCAAAGGAAAGGGAGCGGGUUGCCCUGGUGGCCACACAGAUCGGUCUUUCUCCCUCCGUGCGGGAGCCAAUCGAGAGGCUCGCAUUGCAGGAAAAAGCACUUUCGAAUCGUAAACGGGUACUUUUACACCUUCAUCGUGAAGAGGACAUUGGGACCACCACAACCUCCUGGACGAACCUCCCCGGGGAGGCACCUGCGGAAAAAAGGAUUGAUAAGCGAGACAUGGCUUUGCAUACUGAAAACAAUAGUUAUAAAUGCAUAGAUAAAGUAGGGGCUAGAGUAGGGAACUAUAGGGAGGGGGUUAGUUGUAGUACUCGUGAUGAGAACCCUAGGAACACACACUCUAGGCUGCAAACCAGUGCCGAGGAGGGUCGAUCACGAUCUUUUAAUACAAGUUUUGCUUCUCCUUUAUUAGCGCCUUCUGAUGCUGCCGCAUCUUCUGUGUGUCUCAGCUUUCGCAAUAAGAAAGAUCUUCUGCAGCAAGCUAAGGCUCUCCUCCGGCAGGUGCAAAGGGGCUGA